UAGUUCCCGGCCAUCCGCGGCUCGGUGGCGAAAGCGACAUGGAGAGCGGGGCCUAUGGCGCGGCCAACGCGGGCGGCUCCUUCGACCUGCGGCGCUUCCUGUCUCAGCCUCAGGUGGUGACGCGCCUCGUGAGCAUGGUCUUGGCCUUGAUCGUGUUCUCCUGCAUCUUCGGCGAGGGCUACACCAACAUUCACACAUCUGAUCAACUAUACUGUGUGUUCAACCAGAAUGAGGAUGCCUGCCGCUACGGCAGCGCCAUCGGGGUGCUGGCCUUCCUGGCCUCAGCCUUCUUCCUUGUGGUCGAUGCCUUCUUCUCCCAGAUAAGCAAUGCCACUGACCGAAAGUACCUGGUCAUUGGCGACCUGCUCUUCUCAGCUCUCUGGACCUUCCUGUGGUUUGUUGGUUUCUGCUUCCUGACCAACCAGUGGGCAGCCACCAAACCUCAAGAUGUCCGGGUGGGUGCGGACUCAGCUCGGGCAGCCAUCACCUUCAGCUUCUUCUCCAUCUUUUCCUGGGGUGUGCUGGCUUCCCUGGCCUACCAGCGCUACAAGGCUGGAGUGGAUGCCUUCAUUCAGAACUACGUGGAUCCCACCCCGGAUCCCAACACAGCCUAUGCCUCCUACCCUAGUGCCUCCGUGGAAAACUACCAGCAGCCGCCCUUCACCCAGAAUGUGGAGACUACUGAGGGCUACCAGCCUCCCCCUGUGUACUGAGCAGCCAGGGACAAGAAGGCAGGGAAGGGGUGGUUGGGAGAGGGCCGCCCCUCUACCCUGGACUUCUCUCAAGGGUUGCUACUCACAAUGUAGUCCCUUGCCUGUUACAGUUGACAGCCAAAGAGUCCACGCCUUUCUGCCUCCCAGCUGCAGACAGAGCACACCUGAAGUGCCCAUGCCCAGCUGGGCUUCGCCGCCGCCCACCCAAUCCUCAAGGGCAUUUUUGAGAUGGUUUUGACUAGAUCUUUUUAUCCCCCACCAUAGUACUGUAGAUAGGACCCAGGGCUUGGAUUUGCUUAACCAGCGCAGCCAUCCAGCUGUGUGCCCAGCUCCUUGUUGCUUUUAGUAACCCCGAUCCCCUUCUCAGAGAGCCAGAAGCAGGUGCCUGUUAGUGCUACCAUGUUUUUGACCCAUGCUAGUUUCUCCACUGGGAGCCCCAACUCUUUCCCCAAAGCCAAGCUUGGGGAUCCUCGUGCCUGUCUCCCCACGUCCUCACUCAGGUUCAGGAGCCAGCUCUCUGCUGUGUCUUCUGGGGUCACCACUGUGCCAAUUGUCCCCAGGCUGCCUGCCAACCGUGGGACAGGCAGAGGGACAAGAUGCCACUUCCUUCUUUCUCCCGCUCCUGGCAGGAGGGACAGGAUUUGCCUGGAGAUAACACCCAGCUUUAUGUAAAUACUACCAAGCAGCGGUUAGAUACUAGUGGGGAGGGCAGGAACCCCUGCACUGAAUGUAUUGGAGACUGGUGGGGAUGGCCCUGCCCUCAGAUUCUAUAGACUAGUUUGGAGAUGGAAUAAACGGUUUUUCUCAGCGU